AUGGACGCGCUCUGGUCCAAUGUCGUCGCCUCCUACUCCCCCCUCGCCAUCGAAUUCACCGGCACACUUCUCGUCCAAAUCCUCACCUUCUGGCUGCCUUCCCUCUGCUAUCUUGCCCUAGACCUCCUCUUCCCCGUCUUCUCCCAGCGUCACAAGCUCCAACCAGCCACCAAACAACCCAGCGCCGCUGAAAUCCGGCUUUGUUUCCGCGUUGUCGCGCGCAACCAGCUCAUCACCUCCGCCCUCCAUCUCACCCAGAUCGUCCUUCUCCGACGCGGCGCCCCCUCUUACCGCAUCAGCGCCACCCUCCCCGGCCCCAUCGAGCUCCUCCGCGACAUCGCCGCCAGCCUCCUGCUCCGGGAAGCCCUCUUCUACUACAGCCACCGGCUGCUGCACCGGCCGGCGUGGUACAGGCGCAUCCACAAGCGGCACCACCGGUUCACGGCGCCGAUUGCGCUGGCGGCGCAGUUUGCGCAUCCGGUGGAACAGAUCGUGGCGAAUGCGCUGCCGAUCUCACUGCCGCCGCAGCUGCUGGGCAGCCAUGUGGUGACGUUCUGGGCGUUCUUGGCGUAUGAGCUGUUUAAUACGGCGACGGUGCAUAGUGGGAACUCCACAAAAUCUAUCAGAGUAGAAUUGUGA